AUGCCUUGCUGUGGAGACCGCGAGAAGUUGGGUGAUCUGAAGUUGGAGCAGACAUGGGAUUACAUUAAUCUCGACGACUUCAAAAGCAGCUCCUGUUUCACCGGCUUCUCCUACUUCUUGGUUUGGGUCUUCCUCGGCGUUUCAAUCGCUGUCUACGGCGUUGACACAUUCACAGCCGUCAACCUGCUUGUUUUCAAUAAAUGGUCCAGUCAGAUCCAGCCGAAGAUUCCCUUCAGUAUUUCGCGCUGGAUUUUUGCGGGAUGUAUUAUUGCCUCAUUCGUGUUGCUCGCAUACCGAUGGAUUCGAGCGGUUCGCGUCAUGCGAACUGGCAGCGUUGCUGAAAGUUACUUGGAUCCCCUUGCUGUUCGUGUACAAAGUAUCCGAAUCGGCAAAUCUAAAGGCUACCGACGAUUUCUGGUUUUCGCCGAGUUGACGAAGAGUAAGAAAGGCGCCGACUAUGUCGCUCUCUUCACCUACUUCUCUUUUGAAUCCUGGUUACGUGUCAUUUUUGCCGAUGGGCCCCGUCAGGUUAUCAAUGCGAUCACACUAUACUCCGUAAUGGAGCUUGAUCUCAUUCCAACGGGGUCGAAUGCAGCGCCUGCAGGUACCUCGUCGGUCGCACAGUUUUUUAUCAACGUCGAGGCAUUAGCAGAAAAGAACUAUCAGCAAGCGGUUAUUUUAUUUGGUAUGCUGUUUACACUCAUUAUCUGGGUGAUUGCUGCCCUGAGCUUGAUAUCCUCCGUCAUCCUCUAUCUUAUUUUCCUGUGGCACCAUAUCCCUACCAUGGACGGGUCACUCAAACGAUACUGUCGACGGAAGAUCAAUACUCGACUGGAACGUAUUGUCAGGAAGAAGACUGCUGCUGCAUUGGCCAAGGGUGGUUUGCAGUUGAAGGAUAGGGCGCCGACAAUGCCUAUGGCUGAAGGUGAAGAGUUGAAACCUGUCAAAGUGGCCCCGACGCUGCCAUCGGUUGCCGAAUAUUCGGAGGACAAGAAGCCUGUCGUGACUGUUACGCCCUUAUCACGACAGCCAACUCAAAGUACUUUGCCUCCAUACAGCUCGGAGCCGGAGCCGUUUGAAGAGGAGUCCUACCGCCAGCCAAGGCUACCGGAUCUGGACGACGAUGGCUCAUGGCUCACGAAGACAAACACACAGAACUCGGCGUAUGAAGAGUCUGCCUCGCUUACUGCAGGGGCAGCUCCCAUGGGAUACAGUCCUCUGGACACUCAUUAUGGACGGCCAAAUCUGCCUCCUGUGCCUCCUGUGCCUCCUGUGCCCUCUUACGGACCAGACCAAGGAAGGCCAUACACACCGUCAAUGAAUCGACCGCCGAUUGGGCCUGGCCGACAAGGUCCAACAGGUCCAAUACCAAUGGAAGGCUUUGGUCGGCGUCCCUUUGGUCCUGCUUACUCUCAAACUCCACCGCCUCCGAUGAUGGGCCGUCAGACGCCUGGCUUUCCCCGAGGCGGUCCAUCAGACCGAUCAUAUUCUCCUGCAGCUAGGAUGCCUUAUGAUCGUCUGUACUCUCCGGCCAUCAACCCAGCUUUCGACCAACAACCACCACCUCAAAGCAACAUGUAUGACAUGCGCUCAAACUCGCCAGCAAACUAUCUCCCCCCGGGUCGUUCUCUCACAUCGCCCAGUCCAAACUUCUUGCCUUGCGCAGCGGAUCCUGUCAACCGCAGCAACACCCCAGGCGAUCGUAUCGCUUCGCCCCGUCCGCCCAACCAAGGCGGCUAUGUGGCAUUCAAUCCUUUUUCGUCUUCUAUGAACACCAACUCCAACACGGACGCUCGCAGUGAAUCACCGAUCCCAUCAAAUCCUGAGCUUACCAUACGGCCUCCAACGACAGAACCUUAUCCGGACUCUAGUUUCCAGCCUCGCUAUUCCAUUGGAUCAUAUUCUUCAGCUUCUUCUCAGUCGAUUAUACGGCAUCCCACUACAGAACUGUCACAUAACCCUAACACUCAGGCGUACCCACCGCUUGCUUCGGAUUUAGAUCCAAUUAUAAGACCGGCGACCGCGGAGCCGGCUCAUACAUCUACCUUUCAGUCCUAUCCACCGAUUGUGCGGGCAGCAACAACCUCCCCUUCCAAUGGGUAUAGGCGCCAUGAGCUGCCCUCCGAGUCACAUCUAUCACAUACCGCGGCUGAGGAGGACGAUGACGAUGAAGAAUAUGACCCUUUGUCAUACUACGGCAGCGCCGCAUAG